UUUACAAAUUUAAUGAGUUUAUAUCUCCUUUCUGAUGAGAUUCUGUAAGGUAUUGGAGUUCACAUAAAAAUUUCAUAUGUUUCCAAUUAUACACAAGGGGGUUUACCUGUGCGUGUGUUUAAUGAUAGGGGCAUGAUCAAUAGCUGAGUUUUUGUGGGCUACCCUCAUUUUUAUUUUUAUUUUUUUUUUAAGUUAGAAAUGGAAAAGAAAACACAAUCAGAGUAUCUAAAGACUCUAUCCAUUUUCUGAUGCGUCUUUCUAUUUGGAGUUAGAAAUUAGAGCCUUAACAGAAAGGCUUGUGAAUUGUAUGUAUUGUACAUUUUGCGUUAUCAAACAUUAUAUCAUGGCCCCUAAAUCUUCUGUAGAAGGGACAAAGGAAUUCAGAACUGAUUUGAUAUAUAUUUCCGAGCCUCGAUGCAAUUAAUAAUUUUCUUGAGAUACAGGGCUUCGGAUUAUCCAAGGGAAUAUGAUGGUGCUUGCCUUCAAAUGAGACUAUCAUACAGCCCCUGUGCCCACGUGUUUCUGUUCCUCGUCCAGUGGACUGAUUGUCACCUUGCUGGUGCACUUGGGUUAAUUAGAAUCCUUAUUUACAAGGUUUUUGAGGAUGGUAAGACUACCAUGUGUCUUCAUGAAAGGAAAGCUAGUAUAAGGGAGUUCUAUGAAUGUCCAGUGAAAUGGUUACUCUCUAACAUGAUGAGAUCUCAUAAUGAAUGGCAUUGGAUAGGUGUGAUAUUCCCCUCUUUAUUGCAACUUCAUAGAGGUAUUUCUGAAGUUGAAGAUCGGAAACAGAGAGAGAUUUGUGCAACUAAAUACAGAAGAGCGAAUGAGAUGAACAAGGGUAAGCUGUCUGAAAUCAAUAUUGAAAGAGAAGAAGAAUGUGGAAUUUGCAUGGAAAUGAAUACCAAGGUUGUCCUUCCCAGUUGCAAUCACUCCAUGUGUAUGAAGUGCUAUAGGAACUGGCGUGCACGGUCUCAAUCUUGCCCAUUCUGUCGGGAUAACCUCAAAAGAGUAAAUUCUGGCGAGCUUUGGAUCUACACAAGCAGCUGUGAUAUCAUUGAAUUAUCUGCAAUUCGAAGAGAAAAUCUGAAGAGGCUUUUCAUGUACAUUAAGAAGUUGCCUCUCAUCGUUCUGGAUCCAAUGCUGGUUGCUUGUGAUUCUCAUUUUGGAUGGAGUACAAGGUCUUGAUUACUGGUUGUACAUAGAAUUUGAAUGACUGUAGAUACUAUUCUGAUGCUCCCAUCUUUUUCUUUCUCAUUUUUAUUCGCGUAUUUUGAGCUGUAAAUGUAUUGUCUGCCAGUGACUCAGUCGAGCAAGUUCUUGUGCUUGGAUAAAGUUUAUGAUUCUAAACUUUAUAGUAAUGGUAAUAUGACCUACUGGUGCUGAUUGAUUGUGAAUU